CGUUGAUAACGGUAAUUUUCAAUUUUGUAAUUCGUCCUUACACUCACGUUUCCGUUAAUUAUUUCCCCGAAAGAUCCAUCAGAUUAUACACGUGCAUUUGUCCGUCGACACGAAUAUCACAUUUUCGUUGCCGUUACGUCGAUCACUUUCGAUUUUGAGAAACUCCGGGGAAAUGUGCGGUUGGAACACGCGAACAAACGAUAAAUAAUCGUCGCACGAAAACGGAAUCACCAUGUCUCCGAAGUAAAAAACAAACUCGUCGUGGAGGAUUAAGAGGUCGCGGUCGGGGUAUGCCAAAGAGGAGAGGACCAAAGCCGCGACAGCCCUCUUCACCGUGCGUAGCAACUGCUGACGAUACUGAUGCGGAAGGAACGUCUACUGAUGGUAAUGCAUUUCCGAAAAUGAUUGUGUCACCCACAUCAUCACCACCCACAAAGAAACGUAUAGAAUACAAUGAAGAAAGAGAACUGUCAUUACCUCGACUUAAACCUACAGUUAUUCCAGAAAAUUCUGCAAUACUUACACUGUUGAAUCACGAAGAGGAUUCUGAAUAUAUAAUGACAGAUGAUGAACUAGACCAUAUUCAAUGGGAUCUCGAAGCAAUGUUAACUUCAUUGAUUAUACGUAAAAAUACAAUUAAAGAUGAGCUUGCUACUUUUGCGUCCAUGCAGUUUACUCGUUCUUUAAAUAGAACAGCAAAAAAUCCUAAGCUUCCCACAAUUAGACCCAGAGCUGCUGCAGAAAUAUCGCCUGUUAAUGAAUGCCGUAAGAUUCAAGUUGAAUUUGAUGCAACUAGUAAAGAACUGCCACCUAAUAAAACUGAAUCAGCAAAUAAAUUUUGGUCCUUGGUUGAACCUUAUCUUGCUCGUGUAAAGAAAGAAGAUCUCAAUUGGUUAGAAGAUCUAGUCAAAUCUUACAGUCCCAAUCAAAAGUUAUAUGAAGUUCCACCUUUAGGUGAACAUUAUGCAAAGAACUGGGCUAAAGAAGAGUUAGAAAUGCAAAAAAGUCAGUCUUCAUGUUCUCCGCGACCAAUUUCUAAAAAGCUUAAACUUGCCGAGCGUGUGUCUCCUGAAGUUGUGGAAUUAGUGAAUAGAGCUAAUGCUGCAGCCAGUCAUGAUGGUAGUGUAUUCAAACCAAUCUAUCAAAGAGUUGUAAGUGCUCUUUUAGAACAUUCUCAUAUGUCUAUUGAAGAUCUUGAGGAACAUUUUCCAGAAUAUGAUGAUGUCGAAGACAAACCACAAGAAAUGAGUAAUGUUUGCCAAGAGUUUUAUGCUGAACAAAAUGUCAAGAAGCAACUUUAUAAAUUAGGACUUAUGGGUCGUCAUUCCAAACCAGUAUCACAAUCAGUAGAUCCAAAUCUUUUGACUGCUAAACCUGAUGAAGAUCAGGAUGAAAUUUUAGAAGAAAUAAACAAAUGUGAUGAUGCAUUAACACAAUUACGAGAAAUGAACAAAAACCACUUGACUAUUUUAUUACAUCGAUGCCGUAAAGAUUAUGUACAGGAUAUUAUAAAUACCAAACUUGAACGCAUAAAUAAUGAAAUUUUGAACUUUAAGAGACAGCAAAAUGAAUCAUGGACAAAAGAAAAAAAAAUUGCCCAAAUUACAGAAGAAGAUGAUGAGCUGAGUUACUUAUUAAACCAACGUAGCAAGUAUCUUUUGCAGUUACAAACUGUUAACUCAGCAGUUACUUUUGAUCCGGAUGCUUUCUUAAGCCCGUCUAUUUCUGAUGAUUCUGAAUCAAGUGAUGAGGAAUCUACCAUAUCUAGAGUAAAAAUCAAAACUGAAAUGCCUGAACUUGAUAAUGAUAUCAAAGAAAACAUUGGUUCACAUGAUGUAUGUAAAAAUGAAAAAACUGAUGAAUAUGAAAUGCAAGUAAAUAUUAAGGAAGAAAUUAUUGAAGAGAUGCAAAGUGUAGAACUGAAUGAUCAUGAAUUAGAAUAUAAUGAUGAACAAGUUGCAAUGGUAGAAGUAAGUGCUAAUGAAACCGAAAAGACUGUAGAUGUGAAAAAUGAAACUGAAGAGGCUGAUAAAGACAAAAAUGAAAAAGAUGACCAAACCGAGUUAAAUAUUGAUAUUAAAAUCAAUGAUAAAGAUAAGCAACAGGGUAAAAUUAUAGAUGAAGAAAGUAGUAGUGCUAUAAAACCAAAUAUUAGACGACGUCGUGGAAAGUCUAAAAACAAUAUAACAGAAAAUGAGCAGAUGUCUAAAAUUGAAUGUAGAAAACCUAUUAGAAUUAAACAAGAGCCUGUUGAAUAUGAACCGGAUUUAGAUCCUUCUGGGGAUACAAUUGAUGGAAUUAAAAGAGAACUAAGACCUCGAAAUUUAAAUGACCCACAGGUUUUUUUUGAACCAUAUGAUGGGACAAGUGAAGAUAGUGAUUAUACAGAUUUAUCUGAUUAAUUUUAACACUCUCACACUCAACCUAACUAUAAGUACAAGUUGCAUAUUGCUUUAACUAAGUUAGGUUAGGUCAUCAAUGGUCUCAUUACUUAUAAUUCAUUUCUAUUUUUUCUUUAAUUCUAACUAUUUUAUAUUAGUAUUUAAAAUAGUAUAAUAUUUACAGUUUCAUAGAAUAAUUUUUGUACUAUUUUUCUUUUAAAAUUCAUAUUAGAUAAAUUGUCUGUUAAUUAAAAGAAUGCAACCUACAUUCACUUUAAAAUUCAAUCUUACCUUAAAGACAUGUUAUGUAAGGAACUUUGCUUAUCUAAUUAGUAUUUAGGUCAGUUUAACGGAUUAGUUUAUAUCCAUAAAUUCAUUAAAAUUCUAUAUUAUAGUACAAUUCCACUUUAUAUUUGAUUUAUAAAAAAAAAAGUAUUAUUACAUUUUCAGACAUCAAAUUAGUAUUUUGACUAUAAUUUUGAUCAUCUGGGUCAUUCAUUCUUAGACAAACUAAUGGCUGAUAGUGAUACAGCUUUAUUAUUUAUUUAUCAGAUUUAAAAGUAAACAUUUUAUUUAUAGUCUUAAUAAUUUUAUGUCUACAUUCUGUUCCAAUAAAGAAUAUACCUGGCAUUAAUCUGUUUUCAUCCAGCUGUUUGUGUCUCCGACCAAUGAAUCACACAAAUCAAGGCCUUCAUUUGAUAUAUGCAAAACUGGUAUAUUCUUUUUAUGGAAUAUAAUAUAUUCAAGUAUUAAUUAUUUUUAAUGUUGUAAGUUCAAAAUAAUAAGUGAAGUUCUUUGUUUUU